CCGCUCUGUGGCGGGNGAACCGAGGCGACUGUGCUGACAGCGGCAACUCAGUCACCCUGUCGGGCUGCUCGGGGCUCCCAGAGCCUCAUAGUUUCAGAUUGGGGAACGGAGCUAAGGCUUCGAUACCGCUUCGCCCUUUCAUCGUCCCGGAAGCCCCAGGAACGAGCCGGCCGCGUCCUCGCUCCCGAGACGAGCGUCCGAAAGGCCCAGGCAUCGCCCGAGAACGCGCGCGGUGAGCCGGGGUAUCAGGGUGAAGUAACCAUGCAGGCAUUUCUAAAAGGCACAUCUAUCAGUACUAAACCACCAGUGACCAAGGAUCGAGGAGUAGCUGCCAUUGCUGGAAGUAGUGGAGAAAACAAGAAAGCCAAACCUGUUCCAUGGGUGGAAAAAUAUCGCCCAAAAUGUGUGGAUGAAGUUGCUUUCCAGGAAGAAGUGGUUGCAGUGCUGAAAAAGUCUUUAGAAGGAGCUGAUCUCCCUAAUCUCCUGUUUUACGGGCCACCUGGAACGGGAAAAACAUCCACUAUUUUGGCAGCAGCUAGGGAACUCUUUGGGCAUGAACUUUUUCGAUUAAGAGUUCUUGAGUUAAAUGCAUCUGAUGAACGUGGAAUACAAGUAGUUAGAGAGAAAGUGAAGAAUUUUGCUCAAUUAACUGUAUCAGGAAGUCGUUCAGAUGGGAAGCCAUGUCCUCCUUUUAAAAUUGUGAUUCUGGAUGAAGCAGAUUCUAUGACCUCAGCUGCUCAGGCAGCUUUAAGACGUACCAUGGAAAAAGAGUCUAAAACCACCCGAUUCUGUCUCAUCUGUAACUAUGUCAGUCGAAUAAUUGAACCUCUGACCUCUAGAUGUUCUAAAUUCCGCUUCAAACCUCUGUCAGAUAAAAUUCAACAGCAGCGAUUACUAGACAUUGCUGAUAAAGAACAUGUCAAAAUUAGCAAUGAGGGACUGUCUUGUCUUGUUAAAGUAUCAGAAGGAGACUUAAGAAAGGCCAUUACAUUUCUUCAAAGUGCUACUCGAUUAACAGGUGGGAAGGAGGUCACAGAGAAGGUGAUCACAGACAUUGCUGGGGUAAUACCAGCCAAGACAAUUGAUGGAGUAUUUGCUGCAUGUCAGAGUGGCUCUUUUGACAAACUAGAAGCUGUGGUAAAGGACUUAAUAAAUGAGGGUCAUGCAGCAACUCAGCUUGUAAAUCAACUUCAUGAUGUUGUUGUAGAAAAUGAUGACCUUUCUGAUAAACAGAAGUCCAUUAUUACAGAAAAACUUGCUGAAGUAGAUAAAUGCUUAGCAGAUGGUGCUGAUGAACAUCUACAAUUGAUUAGCCUCUGUGCUAUUGUGAUGCAGCAGUUAACCCAGAAUUGUUAAAACUAUAUUCAGUUCAUAUCGGGGCUUUUAAUAAAAAAAAUAACCAAAGCA